GCUUGACUGCGGUGCGGUAUCGGCAUGUGAGGUCUAGUUUGGACUUGUCAGGUUGCCUUUGUGUAUUGUUGGUUAGGAGUGAUUUGUGUUAGCCGAUAAGCUGAAGUUGGAGAAAAAGUUUCACAGGUGCUGCAGCUGAUAUAGCAAAUGUUCCAAUAUGGAUGCAGGAUCACAUCAGCAGGGAGAUGAUGAGGAUGAUGUCUUGCCAUCUUUACAAACAGUCACGAAUUUUGAUGAUGGAAAUGGUGAUGUUCCUGAGCCUACUGAUACUGAAAAUGGUUUUUGCUUUGAAGAUUCUCCAGUUGUUGCAAGUAGAAGUCUAAUAAGGCCAGAAGUUACUCGACUUGCUGGAGAAGAUGAUGCAGGUCUUGUGGUAGAAGCAGAGUUUCCUUCACAGGAAACGAGCUUUUUAAUUGAAUCAUUGGUUAAACAACUUUGCAAGUUCGUAGAGAAAAAUACUACCAAACAGAGAGCUCUGUAUGAUGCUAUUUGUCGUAUUCUUUACAAACUGAAAUUAAUUGAUGGUACAUAUGCAAUAGAAGAACUGGAGUUUAUGAGAAACCGUUAUGUGCAAGCAGUUUGGGAUCUUCUUCAAAUUGCAAAGAUAGGAAAUGAACCAGGAGCAAAUAAUAGAUUGAUCAGUGUUGCCAGGAAAGAUUCGUUCAAGAAAGCUUUGCCCAGCAAGCUCCUGGUCCCUGAAAAAUUGUUUGAAUCAUCUCGGUAUCAAACGGAAUUUGUCGAGUUGGAGUAUAUAGCUCAUGGUGGGUUUGGCUAUGUGUACAAAGCAAGAAACAAAUUAGAUGGUGGUGAAUAUGCUAUAAAGAAAAUUUGUCUGAGAUAUCACAGGGUUGAUAAUUUUCUUAAAAGCCUGCAAGAGGUAAAGCUUUUGGCUAAACUGCAUCAUCCCAAUAUUGUUGCUUAUAAAGCAGCUUGGCUAGAACCGUUCCAGCAGAGUUCCAAUUUAGACUGUCAAAGCAGUAUUACUGAUGAUUCCCUUAGCACAUCAUUAAAUGAUGCCUCUGAUGGGAUGUCUCCAUCAAGUGAGAUGUGUAAUGGGCAGAGAGCAAAUUAUGCUUUGUCUGGAAAUGCAACAUGCAGUAGCAGUUCUCAGAGCAGUGCCAGUGAAAGUCAUGAACAAGUAAGCCAUGUAUCUGCAUCACAUAUGCAUCUAAAAAGCAAAGAGAAAUCCUAUGAUUCAGCCGAUAAAUGCUCUUCAAAGUCUACAAGUACAGAAUCCUCAGAAGAUAAGGCUAUUUGUGUGCCAUCCCAUUUAGAGGAAAUAACAUGUAAAAACCUGAAACGACUGAUACCACCUGAGAGAGAUUGUGCCACACUUUAUAUACAGAUGCAGCUAUGUGAUCAAACACUUCUGCAAUGGCUAAAUAAUAGAAAUAAUAAAAGGAUACCCAUAGAUAUUACACAAUGCCUCAAAGGAUUUCGCCAUCUGGUUUGCGGAAUUGAGUAUAUCCAUUCCCAAGGGAUAGUUCAUCAUGACAUUAAGCCAAGCAAUAUUUUUGUAAAUAGUGAGCUGAGUCAAGUCCAAGUGGGUGACUUUGGCCUUGCAUGUUUUCUGCAACAUUCACACAAGGAUGUUGCAUUAUUAUCACAGCCAACGUUGUAUGGUGACCACAGGAAUAUGGAAAUUGGAACAAAAACAUAUGCUGCUCCUGAACAGCUUGAAGGUGUUUGUAAUCAAAAGAGUGACUUGUAUAGUUUGGGAAUUGUACUGUUUGAACUGCUUCAGCCGUGUUAUACAGACAUGGAGAAGAGCAUUCUUAUAAAAGAUCUAAAAGAUGGUGCUGUGUCACAGGAGUUGUGUGCAGCAGCACCGGAACUGGUUGAGAUGAUGAUACACUUGACUUCAUGCUCUUUGGACAGAAGACCUACAUCAAAAGAACUGUUGGCUCAGCUGGAUUACUUAUCAUGCCACAAUACUAAUGAGAGCUCAGUAAUAAAACAUCUGUUAAGUGAAAUAAGCCAACGUGAUAAAGAAAUUGAAGAACUGAAGCAUGAAAAGAGACAGUAUGCGCAAGAAAUACUGGAACUGAAACUUAAAUUGGAGAGAUAUGAGACUUUAGAUAUGUCAUCAAAAAUUUAGUGUAAAUCUUUCUAGACUUUACAAAUGUGCUCAACUUCUACUCAUUGCCAGAUGAAUAAAAGACAAUGCCCAGUAUCUAGCUAUUUGGUAUCAAAUACUCUAAUUAGAUAGAGAAGAUGUGAGGGAAAGUGGAGCCAUGAAGACCAUGUGCCAAUUUUAAAAACUUUGAUUAAUUUCAUCAUAGUGUUCCUUUAUUAUGUUUCAUUAUCACUACCUAUUUAUUGUACCAAAUGUUAAUAACAUGAUAAAAAAAAGAGUGCUUUCUGGGUGGUAGUGGACGAAGCUUAUGACAGAAGAGAAGAUUCAGAAACUGAGAAAUCUUAAGCAUUACGUUAAUGUUACACAUGUGGCAAGUUAGAUAAACCCAAAUCAUGGCAGACAGGAAUUUAAAUUCAAACUACUUAAAUUUGUUUCAUGUUUCAGUAAGUGCUUGAAGAUACUUCUGCACAAUUUUUGUUUUGUGGCUACUGUGCUUAUUAUUGUCGUUUUAUUUCUACUUAACUUGUCCACCAUACUUGGUGGUUUCACUUUUGGAGAUUCAUUUUUGCCACAUUACUUAAAUUCUAUUUGUACAAGAUGUGUGUCUCUUUAAAUGAAUGACAAGACAUGUGAUCUCUUACAUAUCAGUAUUUAAGGAUUAAUGUUACUACAGAAGCAAUAGGUUAGGGCUUGUUGGAAUGAUAAGGAUAAGUGAAGUAACAUGACUUUAUUAUAAAAUGUACUUUUGUAUUUGUUGAAUAAAAUUCUUUUUACAAGAAAGCUUCAAAUGCCAGUAAAAAGUAUCACACAAGUGGAUGUAUAACAUAAUAUGAGCAAACUGCAGUACAGUCAGGUUCUAUCCAGUAGUUAACACUUCAGGAAGUGUUCUAUAAGUACAUAAAUGAGACUCAAUGGAAUGCAUGUAGGGAUAAAUUGUUCUCCUUUUAGAAAUAAGAUGUGAAACAUUUGAAGAAAGUGAAAUGGGAGGGGAAGGGGAAGACUCACUGGCAUGUGGCCAGUUGUUACAUAUUUCUUACAAAUAAACAGACACAAUUUAUGGCUUGCCAAGGGUAUUCAUAUCACACACAAAAGAGAAAUUAUAAAUACAUGCAUUCCACUGACAAAAUGCAACAGGGAAAUUCAAGUACCACACCAGUGUGUUCUGAAUCAGCCAAGACAUCUGACAACUGUCAUAUUCCAGAACAGACAAUUCCAUUUGAUGUUUAAUACCUGUAAU